AUGUCGGCUACUUCUGAUACCAAAUUGAGCAUGAAACUUCUGAUUGACACCAAGGCUGGCAAAGUCCUAUUUGCUGAGGCUGAUAAGGAUUGUGUUGAUUUCCUCUUUCACAUUCUCUCAUUGCCAGUGGGCACUGUCGUUAGUCUUCUCAAGGAAAAGGGAAUGAAUUGGUGUUUGCAUAACCUCUACAAAAGCGUAGAGAAUCUGAAUGACACUUACAUGAAGUCGAACGAAGCCAAAAACAUCCUUUUGAAACCCAAGUCUUCAAUUGGAAUAAUAUCUUCCGUUCCUCUUCGAUUGCUUAAUGACUUUCCGAUCACUCAAACGGCUCCUAAGAAUUAUAAAUGUCCUAAUUACUCCUGCUCUUAUUAUACCGAUAACCCUAAUGUUUAUUGUCCACAUUGUGAUGAAUUUGUGGUUAAUGUUGCUCCACCCGCGGCAGCUACAAGCACGGGUUUUGUGAAGGAGGUAGUGACAUACAUGGUGAUGGAUGACUUGGUGGUUAAGCCUAUGUCCACCAUCUCUAGCAUUACACUUCUUAACAAGUUUAAUGUCAAGGAUGUUGGUGUCUUGCACGAGAAAGUUGUACAUUUUGGAAUGGAAGAGGCGCUGAAGUUGCUGAAAGCAUCUUUCGAGUCGAAAGCAGUUCUGACUAGUGUUUUCAUGAGCAGCAUACAAGCGGAGAAAUAG